AGUCGUCCCAGGCCAAGCUCGGCGGUCUUUCUGUGCAGGAAAAACCAGCAGUACGAGUGCAAGUGGUACAUCCCCCUGGCGGAGCUGGUCUUCCCGUCCUUGGAAGAGUCCGACUUGUGUCCACACGUCCAGGCCAUGCCGGACCACGACCUGGAAGACAUGAAGAUCAAGAUCUCCUCCAUGAAGAGCGAAGUGCAGAAGGAGAAAGCCAACAAAGGCCAGAGCCGAGCCAUGGAGCGCCUGAAGAAGAAAAUGUUCGACAACGAGUUUUGGUUGCUGCUCAACUCACCCUCCAUCCCGUUGCGGAUCCACAACCGCAAUGGCAAAAGCUACCUGUUCCUUCUGUCCUCGGACUACGAACGGUCAGAGUGGAGGGAAGCAAUCCAGAAACUGCAAAAAAAAGAUCUCCAGACUUUUGUGCUGAGUUCUGUGGAGCUGCAGUAUCUGAUGGGAUCCUGCUUCAAGCUACGGACCGUCCACAACAUUCCACUGACCUGCAACACCGACGAUGACAAACUUCAAGGAAUGUGCGGCUUUCUACACGUCAUUCUCCACUCGGUCAAGGGCUUCAAGCAAUCUGCCAACCUCUACUGUACUCUGGAAGUCGACUCUUUCGGGUAUUUUGUCAGCAAAGCCAAAACACGCGUUUUCCGGGACACAACGGAGCCGCAGUGGAACGAGGAAUUUGAGAUUGAGCUGGAAGGCUCCCAGUACCUGCGCAUCCUCUGCUACGAGAAAUGCUACGACAAGACUAAGCUGAACAAAGACAACAACGAAAUUGUCGAUCGGAUCGUGGGCAAGUGGCAAGUCCAGGUGCGGGGAUUGUAGCACGCGUGGCUGCGGGGUGUGUGUGGGGGGGAACAACGGUCUCUUUUCACAA